UGGGUUGAAGCAAGUUGGUUAAAAUGCAGCAUCCGAUUUGACUGUGUGUGUGUGUGUGUUCGUUCACUCAGUAGUGUGUUAUCAUGGCUCCUGUGACAGAUCCCUGCUCUUUCUCCUCUUUCUCGAAGUGUGUUACUCGCCACGUGAACCUGUUUUAUCAUGUGGACUUCGACAGUCAUGUGCUGAAAGGGAAGGUGGCUCUCACGGUGGAGGUGCUGCAGGAGAAAUUCACUGAUCUGACUCUAGACACGAAUGACCUAAAGAUCUUUAAGGUAUCAGCCAAUGGCCAGGCUGCCAAGUUUACCCUGGGAGAGAAGCAGGGCUAUAAAGGCAGCCCUUUGGAGAUCAAAUUGCCCUUUGAGCUCUCACGUGGGCAGCAUGUGAUCGUAGAGAUUGAGUUUGAGACGUCUCCAAAGUCCUCGGCUCUGCAGUGGCUCACUCCUGCACAAACUGCUGGCAAAAAGCAUCCCUACCUUUUCAGCCAGUGCCAGGCUAUUCACUGCAGGUCUAUGUUGCCCUGCCAGGACACUCCAUCAGUGAAAACCACAUACUAUUCCCAGGUGUCAGUGCCCAAAGAGCUGAUCGCACUUAUGAGUGCAGUACGUGAUGGACAGGAGCCAGAUCCAAGUGACAACAGCCGAAUCAUUUACCGCUUCAGACAGCCGGUGGCCAUGCCUUCUUAUCUUAUUGCGAUGGUGGUGGGAGCUUUAGAGAGCAGGGAGAUCGGGCCCAGGUCCAGAGUUUGGUCGGAGAAAGAAUAUGUGGACCAGGCUGCAUUUGAGUUCUCGGAAACGGAGACAAUGUUGAAGAUUGCGGAGAGUCUUGCAGGGCCGUAUGUAUGGGGACACUAUGAUAUGCUGGUGCUUCCUCCUUCUUUCCCCUACGGUGGCAUGGAGAACCCUUGCCUCACUUUUGCGACACCUACUUUACUGGCUGGAGACCGGUCUCUUGCUUCUGUCAUUGCUCAUGAGAUUUCCCAUAGUUGGACUGGGAACCUGGUGACUAAUAAAACCUGGGAACAUUUCUGGUUAAAUGAGGGGCACACUGUAUAUUUGGAGAGAAUGAUUGGCAGGGCGAUGGAAGGAGAGCAGUUCAGGCAGUUUAAAGCAAUGGGAGGUUGGAAAGAGCUACAAGAGUCUGUGAACCAUUUUGGUGCAAAUAAUGUAAAAACUAAUCUGGUGCCAAACCUUGAAGGUGUCGACCCCGAUGAGUGCUUCUCCUCUGUGCCUUAUGAGAAAGGUUUUGCUCUCCUGUAUCACCUGGAAGAACUUUUGGGAGGCCCAGAGGUGUUUAUGGGCUUUGUGAAGUCCUACAUCCAGAUGUUUGCCUACAGCAGUGUGACCACUGAUGACUGGAAGAACUACCUGUUCACCUACUUCAAAGACAAGGUGGACAUCUUGAAUAAAGUGGACUGGAAUGCAUGGAUGCACACUCCAGGAAUGGCCCCUGUUAAACCAGAAUAUGACACCACUCUGGCAGACGCCUGCACUGCACUGGCCCAGAGAUGGGUGAAGGCUAAAGAGGCAGAUCUGUCUGGCUUCAGUGAGGCUGAUUUAAAACAGCUCUCCUCUCAUCAGCUUAUUGAGUUCCUGGCUGUGCUGGUACAUGAGGACCCUCUUCCUGUCUCUCAUGUUAAGAGGAUGCAGGAGGUGUAUAACUUCAACAGUGUCCGGAAUGCUGAGAUCCGUUUCAGGUGGCUGCGCUUGUGUAUUAAGGCACAGUGGGAAGAGGCGGUUCCUCUGGCUCUGAAGAUGGCCACAGAGCAAGGCAGGAUGAAGUUUACACGCCCGCUCUUCAGGGACGUUUACAAUUUUCCCAAGUUCAGUGAUGAGGCUGUAAAAUCCUUCAAGGAGCAUUGUGCUGGAAUGCAUUACGUCACCUCCACCCUGGUGUCCAAAGACCUAAAUAUUACCCAGCCUAGUAGCACAAGCUUUUAAACAUGCUGCAAUGAUAAACCCUGUGCUGUGUGACCUUGAUAAGUGAGUUGUAGUUCUCUCAGCAGACACAUCUGUCUGACUUGGCUAAUUCAGUGCUUUAUGUCUUAAGAGAGAUCUUUAUCUCAGGGCAAGAGGGGAAAGUCCUGCUUUUCCAAAUUACACCGCUUUCAAUCACCUACUUAAUCAGUUUGUCUUGAAGAAAAUGUCCUCUUACAGAUCACCACACUGAGCAAUAAAUACUUCAACCACC